AUGCCGCCAAGCCGUGGCAGGAAGCGGGGAGCAGCACCGUCGGGGCGAUGGCCAGGAACCUCGGAGUCUGCUGGCGGGACAGCAGAGUGGUCACAGGCGUCCUGCUGGCGGGACAGCAGCGUGGUCGCUGUCCCGCUAGUGGACUCCGAGGUUCCUGGCCCUCGCCCCGACGGUGCUGCUCCCCGCUUCCUGCCACGGCUUGGCGGCAUGGACGACCGAGCACUACCGCCGGUGGACUCCUGCGACCACGCUGCUGUCCCGCCGGCGGACUCCUGCGACCACGCUGCUGUCCCGCCGGCAUCUGUUCAUGCGUCACGUCACAAGGAGGAAAGCAACCAGAGGAGGUCAGCAGAAGGAGAGGCAGAUGCUCACAUGCAUGAAGCUGCAUCCGCAGGGAAGGAGAUAAAGGGAGAGGCGGCCAUGGCGUUCUUCAUCCCACUGUCUGAAAAGCUUAGCGGAGGCAAAGAUGACGAGUCCUCUUUCCUCAGUCUAUCCAUGAUGGCCCUUGCUGACAGUCUGCCACCGGAUGAAGAGCUCACUGUGGUGCAGACUGAGGACUCAGAGAAUUUAGAAGUUUGGGACACAGACUUUCACAAAAAGCACAUGACGGCAGUAAGCAGUGAUAAAUUUGAUAGCCUCCUGAAGAUGAGUGCAGAGUUCCAUAGCUGCAAGAGCCACAUGGCAGCUUUUGUCAUCGUGAGAGAAAUGACAGACUCAUCAGGGCAUGCAAACAAUCACUAUCAAGUGGUGGCUUUGGGAUCAGGACGCUUCAGCUGCACCAGUUGGCUUUGCUUCAACGGGACCAUGGUGCACGACUGUCACGCCAUGACCAUUGCCAGGCGGGCACUCCAGAGGUUCCUCUACAAGCAGCUUCUGCUCUUCUUUGAUGCUGACCCUAAGGCCAAGGAGGCAUGUAUAUUUGAGAGCAGCACGGUCGGGCCGCAGCUUCAACUCAAAGCCAAGACCAGCCUGCAUCUCUACACAAAUCAAUGUCCUGAAGGAGUUGCCAGAAACUUCUACAUGAGGGGCUCGGCCCAAAAAUCUGGGAACCCCAUAAAGCUGCACUAUCACGCCAAGGGUUUGCUGGUUCCGGCUGCCAACCUGAACCCGAGCCACUGGGCGGCUAAAGUGUGCUGUAUGUCGGGCAGCGACAAGUUGUUCAUGUGGACUUUCGUGGGCGUGCAGGGCGCUCUGCUAAGCCACUUCAUCCAGCCUCUAUACAUGACAAGCAUGGUGCUCGGUGGCCAGAAGCAGUACUGCAGCUACUUGUCAGACAUUACCAACGAGUGUCUGGGCGACGCCUGGGAGGAAAUCCUGCCUCUGUUUUACAAGAAAUACGACACCAUCUUCCUGUGCUGCGAAGAGGUGAAGCCCAUCGAGGUGUCGUCGCAGCACGACGUCCUCAGUGUCAACUGGUGCCUCGGAGACGAAGACAUCGAAGUGGUGGACAGCAGCAAAGGCUUCAUCGACCACAGUUCUCCACCAGUCAGUCGGUCCGGCUUCUCUAGCCGGCUGUGCAAGAGAGCGUUCUACUCUUACUUCCAUCGGGUGGCUCAACUCGGCGGGCACGGCUACUUGCUGGAUUUGCCCACAUACCACACCGUUAAGGUAGAAGCGGCCGUCUACCAGACUGUCAAGGAGAUAAUCAAGAAGCACUUCCAGGACAACCAAGCGGGCCUCUGGAAGGCUAAAAAGCUGGUGGAUUGCUUUAGUGCCUGA